GCUCGCCGUACGGUUUCACACGCGCCGCACCGGCUGUAUAUCGGCGGCGAUCGCGGUGACAACGACGAUCAGCGGAUCAGCAGGCUCCAGGACCGAAGACAGGACCACAUCACGACCACCGCGAAAUGAGAGCAACGGCGAUUUUCGUCGCUCUUGCGGCCGGCGCGUUACUGGUGUUCAGCGGCGACGCGGCCUCCGUCGACAACGAAGCCACGAAGGCCGUCGAAGACGCGGUGUCCAGCAAUAGAUUUACAAUAGUGAUCAAAGACGAUGGACCGCCGAACGGACGGAAGCACCGCAAACCCGAAACCGUGGCCACCAUCGAAUUUCCCGGUUACUAUCAAUUCACGUUAAAGAUCGAUAGGACAGAAGGACAAGUAAUCGUAUCAACCAAGAGCAAUGGCAAUACAAAAACUGAGAACUUUAAUGUAAGAUCGUUGAGCAAUAAUAUGUCAUCUUCAAAGACGCUUGUGUUGGCCGUGGAUCAGAGGAAACCAGGAGCUACCAUGACAUUAUACGUCAACUGCGAGCACUUCGGUACACUGCAGACGACUAGAACUCUUCGAGAAGUGUAUUUUGACAUGAAAGAUCCUCAUUUACAGAUGACGCACGAAAAAAGAUUUCAAAUAAAAGUAUUCCCAGAUACAGAUUGGAAAACUACUUUGACGGCACAAAAAUGUCCAACUAUUGACGAUAGUGCAGACGACGUAGAACAAAUGCCUGCGAUACAACCACUUACAGUUACCGAAAUUGGGAUUCGAAUGCCAAGUAUUGGAAGGGGUGAUAUUCCAAUCAAUCAUGACUGUGAUGAUCUGUUUUUCGUAAAAACUAUUCAAGAGUUGAUGCAAAUGGUAAAAAAACUUAGAGAAGACGUUGAAGCCCAACGACUCGAGAUUUAUAGACUACGCCAAAUGCUUGAGCAGUGCGACGACUUCUGCAGGCCAGGUGGUGGUAACGUACCGACCCUGCCGCCGCCGCCGCCGAAACCUAGUUGCAACAGCAGCCCGCCGGUGUGUUAUCCCGGAGCGGAGUGCCGUGACACGCCCGACGGACCGCGGUGUGGCCGGUGUCCGCAAGGACUGGUGGGCGACGGCAAGAUGUGCAAACCAGGCCGGACAUGCGCGGUGAAGCCGUGUGCUCCAGGCGUCAGAUGUCAAGACACCGUGGAAGGUUUCCGAUGCGGUCCCUGUCCGGAAGGGUUCGUCGGCGACGGUCAGAGGUGCCGUCCACGUGGAUGUGACUUAGCCCCUUGUUCUCCAGGCGUGCAAUGCCUGCCGUGUGAAGAACCGCCUUUCUUCAAGUGCGGCAGUUGUCCAACAGGGUUUACCGGCAAUGGAACGAACUGCGUUGAUCUGGAUGAGUGUGAUCUGGAUGAACCCUGUGAUCCCCGGGUACAGUGCACAAACCUUCGACCUGGUUACAAAUGCGGUCAAUGUCCACCAGGUUACACGACCGUGGGCCCAUCACAGGGUAUCGGCGCCGAAGGCACAAGGAGGACGGACGAGGGUCGUCACCGGUGCGUGGAUAUUGACGAAUGCGCCGACGGCCGAAACGGCGGCUGUGCGCCCAACUCGCAGUGCGUGAACACCGAGGGUUCUUAUCGUUGCGGUGGCUGUCGGUCGGGCUACAUCGGCAACCAGUCGUUGGGCUGUUUAUCGGUUGAAAAUCUAAAGAAAACACCGUGGAUGUGUCCAGAUGGUACGAUGUGUCAUCAAAACGGAGAGUGUGUUAGAUCAACUACUGGGAAAUUUUCUUGCGAAUGCGUCGUGGGCUGGGCUGGAAACGGCAAAAUAUGCGGACCAGACUUGGAUUUGGAUAGAUGGCCGGACAUCGAUUUGGCAUGCAAUGACACGCGGUGUAAAAAGGACAAUUGCGUGAGGGUGCCCAAUUCGGGACAAGAAGACGCGGACCAUGACGGCAUUGGCGACGUGUGCGACGACGACGCCGACAACGAUGGCGUGCCAAACACACCGGACAACUGUCCGUUGGUGUCCAACCCGGACCAAAUGGAUUCCGAUCAAGAUGGUGCGGACAAAAAAGGCGAUGCUUGCGACAACUGCCCGACUAUACCGAAUCUAGAUCAGCACGACACGGACAACGAUGGAAUAGGAGACGCUUGCGAUGCGGACAUUGACAACGACGGAGUACUGAACCACGAAGACAACUGUCCGAAAAAGGCAAAUCCCGAUCAGAGGGACACGGACGGCGAUGGUCUUGGUGACGUUUGUGACAACUGUCCAAGUAUGCACAACCCGACACAAACAGACUCCGAUAAAGACCUGAUAGGUGAUGCUUGCGACAGCGACAUCGACAGGGACAGGGACGGCAUUCAGGACAGCGUAGACAAUUGUCCAAAAGUAGCAAAUUCCAAUCAGCUGGAUACAGACGGUGACGGCAAGGGAGACGAGUGCGAUCCGGACAUUGACGGUGAUGGCAUUGGCAACACACAGGAUAAUUGCAUGCUUGUGUACAAUCCAGACCAGGCCGACUUCGACGGCAACGGCAUCGGGGACAUAUGUCAAGAUGACAACGACUACGAUAAGGUGCCAAACCAUUUGGACAACUGCCCCAAUAACUCCAAGAUAUUCACCACGGACUUUAGGACAUACCAAACAGUGGUGUUAGACCCGGAAGGUGAUUCGCAGAUUGAUCCAAACUGGGUGGUGUACAACAAAGGGGCGGAAUUUGUACAGACUAUGAACAGCGACCCCGGUUUGGCAGUAGGUUAUGACUCGUUCGGUGGCGUCGACUUUGAAGGUACAUUCUUUGUGGACACCGACAUCGAUGACGACUACGUAGGUUUUGUGUUCAGUUACCAGGAUAAUCACAAGUUUUAUACAGUGAUGUGGAAAAAAGGCACGCAAACCUACUGGCAAGCGACACCGUUCAGAGCUGUAGCAGAACCCGGGAUACAGAUCAAAGCAGUACAUUCGGAAACCGGACCUGGACAAAUGUUGAGAAACGCACUGUGGAAUACAGAGAGCACAGACAAACAGGUGAAACUAUUGUGGAAAGAUCCACGCAACAUUGGUUGGAAAGGCAAAACGGCUUAUAGAUGGAUACUAUUGCAUCGUCCAAAGAUUGGUCUUAUCAGAUUGAGAAUAUUUGAGGGUCAAAAUAUGGUAACAGAUUCCGGAAACGUGUUUGAUUACACAUUUAAAGGUGGUAGGUUAGGAGUGUUUUGCUUCUCUCAAGAAAUGAUCAUAUGGUCAGAUUUGGUUUAUCGCUGUAAUGAUAAUAUACCAGAGGCUAUUUAUCGUGAAUUACCACCUAAGUUACAACAAGAAGUACAAUUGGACACAAGACGGGUUUCCAACUAACAAAUAUGUACUAAUAUUGUUUAAGAUAUGAUAAAAAUUUCCUUUAAAUCUAAUAUAGAUAGAAUAAGUAUGCAUUUUUAAUCAAUUAAUUUUUAGAUUUAUUUUAAAAUACAUACAUUUUUCAAUAAACCUAAGUUUAUAAAAAAUUACUUAUAGUACAAGUGGUUAUAAUAUUUUAUAUUGUACAAUGAAAAUAAUCAAAACAUAAGGUAUUUUUCAUAUUUUACAAAAACCUAGAAUAGUAUUUGAUUUAAAAAAUGUAUUUAAUAAUAAACAUAUUUAAUAAUCAAGA